AUGCCGGUUCGUUAUGACAAUCAUAUCGGCGGAGGUCAACCUGGCCAGGACUAUUCCUAUCAACCCCCUGCCGAUAAUAACUACUACUACAACACAGGCACUGCUUCGGUAGGACGAAGGGCCACUACGCUUGGACGUGCACCUACCCGUCGUAUCGUUCCUGGAGCCAACAGUAUCGCCAAUGCACCACAAAAUAUCCAGCGUGGUCGUACCUUGAUUCGACCUGAUCGUUAUCAGGAACCGCCGCCGUUAAUGACGGGUAAACCUACUACACAACGCAGUCUUUUCGAUCCUUGGGUCCUACUUUCCCGCAUCGUCACAUUUUGGGCAUUACCCCCCAUGUUGAAAGCCAUGAAGAUGCCUGAUAAAGGCAUGCAACAAGCGUGGAGAGAGAAAAUCACGUUAUGCUUUAUUAUCGCAUGCAUGGGAGGGUUCGUCGCUUUUAUUACGAUUGGUCUCAGCUCAGUUUUGUGUCCGCCCGAUCAGGCUCUCAACCAACAGAAUUACGCAUCGUACGAUGAUCCUAUCAACAGUGCUUCACUACUGGGCGUGCUAGGCUGGCAGUUUAACAUCACCGAAUCUAAACCUACUGAUAACGUCAACUUUUACCAAUUGGCACAAACGCCAGGCACCGAUAUCACCAAUUAUUUCCAGCAUGGCACCAAUAUCCCCGCUUGUCAGAGUCUCGCCGGUUCUCCAGCAGCAGCUUUCCAAGCUGUCACUUUUGAUCCCUGCUCGGCCAAUAACGGUCACAACGGUUGCAGCCUUGGACCGUUAUCGCUGGCAACAUUUGAUCAAGUCGGCAUCAAAAACACCUCUCGCCAGGUCGGCUUUGACUGGGCCCAGCUCGCAUUACCGAAAUUGCAAAACUACUUUGUUAUCGAUGGCAACGUGUUGAAUAUGGAUCCAUACAUUGCAGCUCAUCCCCAACCUAUCCAGGGAGACGAUCUCGAUGGCGUCAUUCGCACCAUUCUGAAUCAGACAUUUGCUGAAGGAGGCCGAGAUGGCACCAAACUGAUGUUCCGUCGCAGCGAAUUACAAUCGUCCAUCAACUGUCUGGUCCAAAAGUACAAAGCCGGUCACAUUGACAAAUCAACGCCUGGAUGUUUUACCGCAUCGAUUGUUUUGGUGUGCUCGCUAUUUGUGGUCUUGUCCAUUGUGUUGGCCCGCUUCUUCAUGGCGCUUAUCUUUUCAUGGUUCAUUUCACGCAAGCUUUCUCGAACUCCGCCCGACACGGGGGGAAUGAGAGCGCCGACUCAUGUUUUACCCAAUCAGACCAUGGAGAUGUCCGAUAUUCGAUCUGGGGCUGCCGCCAAAACGAAUCCAAGCACGUUUGGCGGCUCUUUUUCCGUCGAUGUCGGUAACGACCUCUACACGGUGAUGUUGAUUACGUGUUAUUCCGAGAAUACCGAGGGCAUUCAGGCCACUGUCGAAUCGCUCUCCAUGACGGAUUACCCCGACGAUCGUAAAUUGCUCUUUUUGAUUGCUGACGGUAUUAUCACCGGUCAUGGUGAGACCAUUUCCACCCCAGAUAUGUGUCUUGGAUUGGUUACCUUUGACAAUCCUGAAAUGAAGAAUCCCGAGCCCAAAUCCUACAUUGCUGUUGCCAACGGUGCCAAACAACACAACUGCGCCAAGGUGUAUGCGGGACAUUAUGUAUGCAAGGGCCAUAAAGUACCUAUGAUUCUCGUGGUCAAAUGUGGCAAUCCGGACGAACAAGGCAAACCCAAGGCGGGCAAUCGCGGCAAACGUGAUUCUCAGCUUAUUUUGAUGAAUUUUUUCAGUCGCGUCACCUACAAUGAUCGUAUGACUCCUUUGGACUACGAACUAUUUCAAAAGAUUACCUAUUUGAUGAAAGUCACCCCGGAUCAUUUCGAGCUGGUACUCAUGGUGGAUGCUGAUACCAAAGUCUAUCAAUCGUCAUUACGGUUACUUGUCAACUGCAUGGUGAACGACAAUCUGAUUAUGGGUCUGUGUGGUGAAACCAAGAUUGCCAAUAAGCGCGAUUCAUGGGUCACUGCCAUUCAAGUGUAUGAAUAUUUCAUCUCGCAUCAUUUGGCCAAAGGAUUCGAAGCGGUUUUCGGUGGUGUGACAUGUUUGCCGGGCUGUUUCUGUAUGUAUCGUCUCAAGGCACGGAAAGGUGAUGGCGACUGGAUCCCCAUUAUUACGAAGCCUGAAAUUGUUCAAGAAUAUUCUUCCAAUACCAUCGAUACCCUCCAUCAAAAGAACUUGCUCCUGCUUGGUGAAGAUCGUUUCUUGACAACGCUGAUGCUUCGUAACUUCCCUUUCCGAAAAAUGGUCUUUACACCGCAAGCCAUUUGUAAGACGGUGGUUCCUGAUGAAUUCAAGGUGCUGUUGUCCCAGCGACGUCGUUGGAUCAAUUCCACCAUUCACAACUUGUUUGAAUUGGUGCUUGUGCGUAACCUGUGCGGUACUUUUUGCUUCUCGAUGCAGUUCGUGGUGAUGAUGGAUUUGGUCGGUACAUUGACUUUACCUGUGGCCAUUGUACUGACGGUGGUAUUGAUCGUCUCCAUGGCCCAAACUCAAAUCACAAGUUUGACGAUGGCGGUACCUCUUAUUCUGCUUAUCAUUGUGCUAUUUUCACCGGCGUUCCUCAUCCUGAUUACCACACGCAAAUGGGUCUACCUGAUGUGGAUGUUUGUCUACUUAUUGGCACUUCCGAUUUGGAACUUUGUGUUGCCUGUGUAUUCUUUCUGGCAUUUCGAUGACUUUUCCUGGGGUGAAACUCGUAAGGUGGAAGGUGAACAAAAGGGUGACGAUCACAGCAAGGGCGACGGUCAGUUCGAUCCUUCCAAGGUACCUUUGAAGCGUUGGGAAGAUUACGAACGCAAACGUGUACGUGCAAACAAGCGACGUGAACGCAAAGAGCGGCAACUACGUGAAAUGGGUCCUGUCCAUUUGACACAUUCCGUUGUGGCUCCGGGUGAAGAUGAAAGCAAACGUGGUUUACUGGCGGAUCCCGGCAUUGAUGAUGAUUCAGGCUCCAACAUUUCAUUUGGUGGUGCUUCGGAUAUCUCGCAGGCCAAUCCGAUGCAUUACUUUGAUCCUUCGAGAGAAGCUCCCGCCAAAUCUGGCUCAGGUUACUAUCCCGCUUAUCGACCGCAAUCACAGGCCCCCGCAAGGAAUAAUCCUCCCCUACAACCUCAUCCUACAGCUUCCGGUCCAUGGGGCUCUCAUCAAGGAAGCUUCGCAUCCUCUCCCGGUACACCACCCACUGGUCCCGGCCAAUAUGUCGGUAGCCGGCCAGCUCCCCCUUCCAAUCAAAACUCCUUCCAUGGUUUUUAA